UGAAUGACUGUGCCUCGUUUGUAACACAAAAUAAAGUAAAUGUAUAAAGCAAAGUAAUCGAAAAAGAGGCUUAUAGGCAGAAAACAUGACACUGGUCUGCGGGUUAAACAAGUUCAGCCCAGCACGUAUGUGAGAAGACUUAGGUGAGGUCUACCGUGAAAGGUCAAGAGUCUGGCAAAUUGUUUCAAUGAAUUUCAUUGGCAAAGGAGUGGUGCUCUCUGCUAUGUUUUCUAAUCUGCCAUUGGUUGCUUCGGUACAUGCUUCUUUCGCGUGACCGAGUUUGAGUUCAGGCUGACUGUGUGAAGAAAAAAAAUUGGUUCUUUGUGAAGUAAUAGUAGGGCUCGACAGUAUGGGGACGUGCUACACCUCAUACAAAAGAGAUAUAAACAGAACAGAUAUUCUGAAGACUAUGGACGUUAAAACUAAAACACCAGAUGUGUUUGUAACAGUCGGAGAAAGUUGAGUGCUUACAGUAUAUAUAGUGUGCGUUCAAUUCAAAUCAGCUGAUCCCUCUGCGUCAGACAAGAACAACGAAGAUAUAACAUCAUGACUUCGAAGUUAACACGGAUUUUAGUUCAGACGAGCACAGUGCCUAAUGCCAUAUAUCUACAGAGUAGGACUAAAUCUGAUCACCUUAAAACCAAUGAAAGAACGAAGUCAAUGUCUUCAUAUUACAAUCAAAGUGCCAUUGACAGCGCUGCAAAAAAGGCAUCAGUUCGCCUAGUCCCCACCACAAUGCUAUAUGCUGGCAAAAGCACAGAUGGCUUACACAUCCUGCGCAGUGCCCAGUAUCUCCAUAAAGAACUUCCAGUCCGCAUUGCUCAUCGUGUUGUAGCCUUCAGAAACCUACCAUUCAUUGUGGGCUGUAACCCUACAAUUAUUUCAGUACAUGAAAUGUACAUCAAAGCUUUUCAGAUGCUAACAGAAUUUCCUGAGAUCAAAAAUUUCGAGGAUGAAGCCAGAUAUUGCAGAUUGCUUAGGAAACUGUUAGAUGACUAUAGGGAUGUUGUCACAAUGUUAGCUGAGGGAUUCAAGGAAAGCAGUAAACACAUUGAGGAUAAAGCAAUGAUCAAGACAUUCAUUGAUAGGACCUUAACAUCCCGUUUAGGAAUUAGGAUGUUAGCAGAACAUCACCUAGCCAUACACGAUGAUAAGCCAGGUUUCAAAGGCAUCAUCUGUGUUAACUUUCAACCAAGGAAACUUAUUGAAAGAAGAGCAGAUUUUGCGAGAGGUCUAUGUGAAUAUAAGUAUGGCAAAGCACCCAACGUGAAAGUGAACGGACAUCUAAAUGCAACCUUUCCAUAUAUUGCACAACCUAUAGAUUAUAUCCUAGGAGAGCUGCUUAAGAAUGGAAUGAGAGCUACUGUUGAAAGCCAUCUGGAUAACCCGAACAGUCUUCCAGACAUAGUAGUUACCAUAGCCAAUAAUGAUGUGGAUUUUAUCAUAAGGAUCUCUGACCGGGGUGGAGGGAUACCUCAUGAACACUCCUCCAAGGUAUUUGAGUAUCACUUCACCACGAGUGGCAGUGUGGUGGAUGAAAGGGUGGAUGGUGGACUGUUUGGAGAAGUCAUGAACCCGAGCUCUAAAGGACCUGCAGCAGGACCAAUGCAUGGGUUUGGGUUUGGUUUACCUGCUUCCAAGGCCUAUGCUGAAUACCUUGGGGGAAAAUUGUCCAUUGAAAGCAUGCAGGGAAUAGGAACAGAUGUCUACCUGCGUCUCAGCCAUAUUGAUGGGAAGUGUGAAAGCUUCAGAAUAUAGGUGAAACUGAGACUUGUUUAAGAAAAAGGGUUAUAAGUAGUAAAGAACAAAACAGGACCAAACUUGAUAUUAUGAAAUUGAGAACUAGCUUGUAUUUUCUUUUAAGAUGUAUGUAAUAGAUUUGGAGUGAACAUUUGUUGCAAUCUGUAGACAACAUUGUUUGAAGCUAUGCCAGUGUCAGCAUAAUGGGAUUAAUUGAUAACAGGUGUUUUCAAAAUGAGAUGCUGAUUGUUUUAGUAAUUUUAUAUUAUUGCUUCUGGUCCUGAACGGAUAUACCUUUGUCAUGCAAAGCUGAAUAUGGAAGUGUUUUGCUGAGGACUACUUUUAAAGAAAUAGUUAAGGUUAAAGUUUAUUUGUAUAUAGGGAGUGUAUAUAUAUUUCAGAGUCCUGGUGAGUCCUAGUCAGUCACAUAUAAAAGCUUUUUAUACUCAUAAAAUGCAGUUGGUGGAUGAAUAUUUUGAAAUAUUAUUUUAAUUCUUCUCUGAUUAAAGUCUUUAGGGGAUAUGUUCACAAGAAAGUUAUUGUUUGACUGAGCAUCUCUAGUUUAGUAUGGUUUCAUCAGGGGGGGAUUGAACUCCCAAGAAGGAGUUACGUUGAGUUGGUUGAUUAUUUUGGAAUUUUUGUCUCUUUUUACACACAGUUCACUUGAAAUAAUAUGUAAACCCGAGUAACCAAGUAACUACAUAUCUUGGCUUUCUUCCCCAAAUGUGCCCAAAAAUAUGUCACAGGUGCUGAGCUUGCUUAUGCACCGAUUUGGUGAUCCUGACAAAGCACACAAAAAAUCGUCCGAAUCGGGGCAUAAGUAAGCUUAACACCUGUGUUAUAUUUCAUAGGCACAUUUAGGAUGAAAUAAGCCAAAUAUGUAGUUACUCAGUUUAAAUAUAAUUUUAAGCGCAAUGUGUUUGAAAGAGACAAAAUGUCAGGGUUAUCAGUGGGUGUUAGUGUGUGUGAUUUGAAAAUAAAGCUGCUCAUAAUAAAUUUGAAGCUUGGGCUACUCAUGUGUCAGCAGUUGAGCUUCAGUGUUACUUAUGUGGUUCACAUUCAUUAGCUUUUUAAGAUGAUAUUUGAUUAAGAUUUUGUUGCAAGUACAUUUAUGAACUACUUUUGUUCCAAGCACUGUCAUUUACUGUUUGUAUUGUGCCUUUACCAUUUACAAAGUAUAAAACACCACUCAAUUUACAAUUCGGUUGGAACUCAUCAGAUUUUUAGGGUUAGAUUUUAGCCUUGUGAAAUUGUUAAAUUUAUUAUUGUUAUCCUUAUUCAUCAACAGUACUUACUGUACUGUACAAAUUCAGUGCUUUAUUGACAUGUAAAAGGAUUAUUUUGCUGUUGUUUGUUGGGGUGAAUCGAUCUCUAAUAAUGUGAUUGAGCAUCUGGAAAUUCAAGUUGCACAUUACAGGCAAAUCUAGCUUUUCGAGAGGAAAUCUCAGACUGAAGUCUAUUAUCAAAUAUUGUCUAAUGCUGGAAAGAUUCUCAUCCUUUUGUGUUGCUUUCUUUACAUGUACUAUAUGUUAAAGUCUAGUCUACUGCUUAGGAAUCUCAGCAUUCCAUGUUUAUUUUUUGACAAAGAGAAAUUUUAUUUACUUCUAUUGUGCCAUUUUGAGAUUGCACAUUUAAUUUAACUGCCUGCAUUUUAGUUUGGUAGUACUUAUUAACAUUUCUGUUUGUUUUAUUUUGUAAGGAGUUCAAUCUCUUAAGCAACUCUUCUGCAUUAGAGGUGUCAAAUUGCUAUAUUUCAAGUUACCUCAGAUGUGUUAAGCAGCAUUUUAUGUACAAGACAUGUAACCCUUUAAGUAUUCAAUCUUUUGGUGCUUUGUAAAAAAGGAUCUUGUGUUUGCAAUUUGAAAGUUUGUUUUUUGUGUUUGUAAGUGGCAUAUUGUAUGAAUUGGCUCAUGCUUCAAGUAUGAACAUAUAUACUUAUAAAUAAAGUAUUAUAUCUUUUGCGAAAACAACGGAACAUUAACAAGGAGAAAUAAACUAUUAAUUCCUAAUGAAAUGUUUCAGUUAACAAUUUGAAGGUGGAUUGUGUAAAAUCUAUUUCUGAAAUAAGAAAGCGAGAUGCUCCUGUCAGAUACUGCUUGUUUUUUAGUUUAGUUUUAUUUGUUAAUAAAGUUAAUAUUUUUCUGUAUCAGAAAAUGACUUGAUACCUUAUUAUUCAAGUUUACAGGUUAAAAGUUUGAGUGGUUAUUUGGGAUUUUUUCUUAUAAAAGAUAUAGGUCUUUGAUGGAUGCAGAAUUUGUCUUGCGUACCCCAAAUAAUUGAAUUCCUUUUUUUCCACGAUUUAUCACAUAGGAUAUUGAGAAUUAGCCUUUUCUGACUAGGUGGAUGUAUUCAGAACUUUGUUUGGUCUCAGUAUUAGUAGGGCUAUUAUUAUUUUGGUGUCGUAGAAUGUUUUAACGAAGUCUGAGCUUAUUUUCUAU